AUGUCGGGCGUAUUGAACGCGUCUUACGUGGAUGUGGAGUCUACAGCGGACAAUACAACGGCGCCGUUGCAGCUACAGCCAGUCAAUAAUACCUUUGUAAUUGACAUUGUGCAUCGUAUAAAUGAGUUAUAUCAGUUCAAGAAUUUUGUUUUUUACAUUUCGGAACGUUUAAGCCUUAAUACUGAGGGGGCUUUAGAUUUUUUUCGCAACUUCUGGCUGACAUUUCCUACGGCGCCCAAUGUUAUCCUACGACACGGCUAUAAUGAUUCGGUUCCUAUGGCGGAGUUCAUUAGCACACCUUCCCUGGUAAUUAUAUACACAACGGAACGGGACGAUCCCAUAAUGGAAUUCGCCUCCAGCAGCCUGCGGGGCUUGCGCUGGCUAAAAACCAUCUUUAUACUUAUACCUUUUUUGGGUACAUCCGAAUUCUAUGCGGACUUUGAGACACACACUCAAUUUGGGAGUCUCAUUAAGACAACUUACGAAUGGGUGUGGCGCCAGCAGUUCAUUAACACAUUGCUACUUACGAUAAAAGAUAACGUGUAUAUUCAGAAUCCCUACCCCACACCCACAGUGAUAAACAAGACGGGUGACUGGCGAGCGGAAGAGUUCUUUCAGGUCUACUGGACAGAUAUGCAGGGAUACGUGGUGCGCUCACCCAUAAUGUACGACAUGCCGCGAGUAUUUAAAUCUUAUCGGACAAGCAACAGUUACGAACAGAGCUUCGUACGAGGCACCAGCGGAAACCUUUUUCUUGCAUUUCUCGAGUCCGUGAACGCAACACUAGUAGAUACAUCCGCUAACUACAGCAUGAACUUCCUGAAUUUGGAAUUCUUCUUGAAUUUAGUUUCGCAGGGCGUUUACGAGACGCUUGUGCACUCAUUCACGGCCAUGGGUAUCCAUGCUAUUGACCAAAGCUAUCCCAUCGGCAUCAAUGAUUGGUGCUUCAUGGUGCCGUAUCGGAAUCAAUCGCCAGAGCAUCUAUACAUGAGAGAUGCAUUGCAGCGGAGUUCCUGGAUUCUAAUUUUCUUCACGGUCAUCUAUAUGAGCUUUGCAAUAUGGUGGUGCUCUCCGUUAAGACCACGUGACCUGGGCGCCGCAUUUCUACAGUCCAUUUGCAGUUUGACGAACGCCACCCCACUCGCGGUCCUUAAAUCACAAUCUUUACGAAUGCGUACGCUCUUUGUACUGUUCUUUGUUAUGGGCCUGGUUACUUCUACCAUGUAUAUCUCUAAAAUGGCUAGCUAUUUCACUUCAGCGCCGUCACGGCGGCAGCUGAACAGUGUUCAAGAUAUAAUAGAUGCCAAUCUGAAACUCAAAGUUCUUGACUUCGAGUAUGAGCACAUGUUGCGAUUCCCCAAACAGUUUACUUCACGUUUUCUGCAGCAAGUCGAAAUAGUAGAGAAGCGGGAUUUUGAUAUCUAUCGAGAUACGUUAAACGCCAGCCAUGGCUACAGCGUUACUAGCGAUCGCUGGGUUUUUCUAGACCAGCAACAACAGCAUUUACGUAAGCCACUUUUUCGCCUUACGAACAUCUGCUCGGGUCCCUUCUAUCAUGUUUAUCCGAUAUCAAGGGACUCGCACUUAAGAUCACCGCUCCAGGGGUUCAUCAUGAUUGUUAUGCAAUCAGGAAUAAUGGAUCAUUGGUCCAGCGAGGCCUUUUUGGAGGCACUUCAUUUGGGGUACUUGCAUAUGGCAAUUGUGAACGAUCAACCCAAACCCUUAAGCCUAAGUUUUUUUUCGUCAAUUGUUCGGACAUGGUGCGUUGGGUUGCUGCUGGCCGGCCUAGCGUUUGCCUUGGAAAUGAAAUGGUACCAAAUCGUGACCACAAAGUUGCGUUUGCAACCAAGGAAAAAAUCACGUUCAUUUCUUAGACGCUUUAUAAGAUUGUAA